AACACACAGGUUUGUGUAUGACAGUGACACAGUGAUUAGCUUAACAAUUUUUACUGUAACACACAUGCCUAACAUAGCCUCUUCAUCAGAGCUGCGAUGCCUUUGAAAAAUAACACGUUGUAUUUUGUUGUGACUCUAACGUCCACACUGCUUUGUUGCGCUGCCGGUGCAGUUUUUGUGGCAAGGCCUGAGUUAUAUGGAAAUCUUCACCUCAGGAGUUUGGUGUCUGACAGGCAACAUGCAACUGCCGCUCCAACUCGACAUGGUUCACUUUCAUUCAAGUUUUACCAACAGGGCGACCACAGAUCAAGUCCUGUGUUUCACAAUUUGAUGACUGCAAAACUGAAGCGCAAAGCUCCAUCAGUGCACUGUGGUGACAACUUGAUGACUCUGAUGCUCAAGGGGAUCAGAGCUCCUCACAUUCUUGUGGAUAGUGGUGAGGGACCUCGUAUUCCUUUGUCUCAAAUGCCCUCUGAAUGUGGCUUCUCUGUGAAGAGGUCCCGCAGAGAUGUGCACUUUGCUGCACCUUACGAGGGCUGCCAUGUUACCCAGCAGGGUGGCAAUUACGUUCUACCACUGCGUUUAUGGGGGGCACCAAUGACAAUGUCUUGCCCUGCUGCGUUACCACCACCCUCUGUUUCCUGCUUCCCAUCUGGGAUGGUGGUAAAGAUGAGUGGUAUUACAGCAAAUGACCUCAAAGUUAAGGUUUCUGGGAUGUGGAGGUCCCUUUCAUCGGUCUGUGGCAGUUGUGGAAUUGCUGUUGAAAUGCUCUCUGGAGGACUGACCCUCAUUGCACCCUACAACAGAGGCCUGUGCAUAAAGAUGAAGGAUGAGGAGUAUUUACUCUCUCUUCUGUUGGCGGAUGCUGAGCUCCUAGUCACAUGCCCUUCAUUACCAGACAUCAAACCGACCACAGCAGCAACUACGCCACCCAGUGAUAGUGGCCAGGUUCUGCAGUAUCCACAGUACCACCAGUUUCCAGUAUUUUCUCAGUACCCAGUGUUUCCAGGGCCCGCUGCCCCUAACAAAGGUGCAGCGGCUCCGUCAUCACAACAUCCACAGCUUCUCUCAGGUGCUGCUAGAGACUCGGACACUGAAAACCAAGAAGCAUCUGCAGCUCAGCACCCUGCAUUUCCAUUCCUGCCACACUUCUCCCAGUACCGUCUGUUUCCCAGACCCGUACCGCCAACUCAGUCUCCUGCUACUAAAAAUACUGCUGCUCCCCCGGCCAAACAACCUCAGGUGCCGCAGUCGCCACACUAUCCAUUUUUUUUUUCCCACAUCUCCCCAUGGUACCUGGAAAUUUCCAUCCAACAACCCCUCCUCCUCCUCCUCCUGCCACUAACACAGAGGCCUUGGAAACCACACCUGCCCCCACCACUAAGCAUGAUGGGAGCCUAA